AUGAAGCGAAAUCGACCAAGCGGGUCUCAGCAACGAAAAAUUAAGAAGGCAAGAGAAAAGUCAGCUGAGGCGAUGUCUGGAUCAAUUUUAAAAUAUGUUGCACCUUCAACAUCUACCGUAGUAGGAGAAAGUGCUGGAGACAUUCAGUCUGUUGAAUCCAGCGGUGAAAUGCCUGAAGUAUCUUCUCAAGAAGUUUCAUAUGUGAAAGCGCAAGAAUUGGAGAAGAUCAUUUUAUGUUCAAGCGGUGAAAGUGAUGUAGACGAAGGAGAUGCCAGCAGAAGCCUGCAUCAGCAAGACUCUGAUGAUGAUGAUGAUGAUGAUGAAGAAGAAGAGGAAACUGUUCGACUGUCAGUUUAUUCUGAUGUUGCUGCUUGGCCAGUUCCAGUUGCAGAUGUUUUAAGAGUGGUCCUUAUUAAGAGGGAAAGUGAACCUUUCCAAAAUAGAGAUGGGCCAUUCAGUCCUGUUGAAAGGCAAGGAAAGAAAUCAAAAGGGAAGAGUCGACAGCUGACCACUGCAUGGUUCUAUAAGGCUCUACCUAGUGCGAAAGAAUUCUUAGAACGUGGAUGGUGUACUCUCCAUCAAAACAAAGUUUGUUUUGUUUUUGCUGCAGACUUUUUGCUGUUGAUGACAAAGUAA